AUGGCGGCUGCAUCAACAAUCACGAUCCGUGGAGCAAGAGAGGGGGAUAGUGAUGCCAUCGCUAAGGUGCACUACGCCGCUCUUGACCAAUUCCACGAAUUUUAUGCGGCAUUUUUCGAGCGCCAUCCAAGAGAGAUCUUACUCUUAUCCACCAGGGCCGCCUUACAAGACCCCAAGAACCGGAUUUUGGUUGCAACUCUCCCCGAAUCAGACGCCGUUGUGGGUUUCAUAAAGUACAAUGUUGUCGAUGCCACCGAGACGCUUGAUGCACCUACGGCGGUAGAAUCAAUGCAACCUUCCGAGAGUCAACCCAUCGUACCGUCCUUUUUCACGAUCAAGCCUCACAUGAAGGAGCUAUGGGAGCGCUUUGGUCACCCUAGGGAGGAUGAAAUGGAUGAGUGCUACAUGAAGGCAGUGAACGGGCGAAAACACAAUUACGUGAAGAACAUCAUGGUGGACCCUGAACACCAGAGAAAGGGGAUUGGGGCAAAGCUUCUGCAGACAGUCAUUGACAUCAGUGAUGCUGAGAGGCUCCCUACAUUUCUCGUCGCUUCGGCUGAGGGUUACUGUCUCUACCGAAGGCUGGAAUUCGAGGAUCUGGGAACGUGGACUAUCGACAAUGAUCACUGGUCAAAGGAGAUUUUCCGACACGAGCAGAAGCUUGGAAUUGCGGGAAAUGAACAGUUGAUUGAGCAGUACCGAGGAACCAAGGAAAUUGAGCGUUACAUGAUGCGAUGGAUGCGGGAGGAACACUGA